CAAUAUGAAAAUUCACUCACCCCUUCAUUAUAUUGAUUUCCAUCUCUCCACUCUCGUAGGCAGUAGCAACGACAUUUUAAAUAACCAAAUUCUAGGAGUUUUUCUUGAAAAAAGAAAGAACUGUAGGUAAUCCCAUUACAUAUCAAAUGGAGUAAUUGUAACGAUCCAAAACCCCAAAAAUGUACUGAAGGCGCAUAUGCAAUCUUUUGGGCCGUGGUUUGCUGAUCUUUGUUAUUGCAUCUUGUCUCUUCCUAGAUAAUACCUAUUAAAUUCCUUCGUCAGAUGAGGUCUCAUCAGGUCGUUAUAUUUGAAUUACCCUUUUCUUUUCUGACCCAGAAGCUCAUCUCUUCUUUCCAAACUCGUCGUCUUCUAGGUUGCCUCCUUCGGAUGUUGUUUCUUUAUGCUUUUUUUUGAUGCUCAACGUCAUCUUCAUCGCUACCUCAGCCAAAAUUAUGCAUUUAUGGUGAGCAAGAGAAAAACAGGAUUUGCAAGCCAUGCCAAGCUGGCAGGUAAAUGAGGAAAUCCGGCGGCCCAAUGCAGUUAGGGUUUUACAGAGCACUUAAGAACGAUGAAGAGUUGCCGUGACUUGCACCCCUUUUUGUUCACAAGAAAAAGAUCUUCAGAGUCAAGACAUGAUCUGAAAGAAACAAAUUAUCCACAAUAUUCCCUGUCUUUUCAAAAGGAUAUUUCACUACCUUGAUCCAAAUUUACAAGGCCAACCAAACUUUUGACGGUAUCUUGCGCGCAAAACAUGUGGAUGCAGUCGUCAUGGCUACCUCUUAUGGUGAAAUUUUAAGAAUGCCUUAACAGUUGUGGAAUUUGCACGAUACAUCCAGGUAAAGCCGCCCUAAGACAUAGUAAAUGCAUUCAGUUCGGGUUUGUAAUGUGAGCAGGUUGCAUCUGCAUGAUUGUAUAGUGCACAAUGGUAUUCGCCAGGUUUUGCUUCGUCCCGUUUGUUUUAAUUGUUCUACCUAUUCGGGGUCAAAUUGUAGUGCGCGAAGAGUCGUCCAUGUUCGGUCUCGUCACUCGGCUUUUCUUUAAUAAUGGGUUGUGUCCCUCGCAAAUGGGUCGUAACGGAACGUGUUAUACGGCAGAAGAAUGUUCCGAACGCAAUGGGAUAGCCGAAGGUCAAUGUGCUGAUGGAUUGGGAGUUUGCUGCAUCUUCGAAAUAACGACAUGUGGUGGGAAUGUUGUAGAAAAUUGUACCCUUGUGAGUGGCACCCGCUUAAACGGACAAACUUGUAUGUUCACACUAACCCAAUGCAGCUCAGACAUCUGCUUUUUCCGACUCGACUUUGAUAGCUUGACAUUAGGAAGCACUCUGCCAUCAAACGGUGAUUGCUCCUCAGACACGAUUUCGUUCAGUGCUCCCACUGUUCCAAUACUAUGCGGUAGCCUCAGUGGACAGCAUAUCUAUUUGCCAGCCUCGCCAGGGUCGGUAGAUAGCUUCAGCCUCAAUUUCGGCCUCAGUGCGGUUUUGGCUUUGGCCACUGCCUAUCAAAUCCAAGUGAGGCAAAUUCCAUGCGGCCGUAGCUUCACACCGCCACUUGGUUGCAAUCAAUUCUUUUUUGGCGAACUCUCUGGGCAAAUCCAAACUUACAAUUACAUGAUGGGUGCCGGAUAUCACUUGAACAAUCAGAAUUAUGACAUAUGCGUGCGCAAAGAACUUGGAAUUUGUCAAAUCGGUUACUUGGCUUUUCCUGGCAUCCAAGGAUUCGCUUUCGGUCCGUCCUUUGGCUUUUCCAUGUUGUCCCUUAAUGGAGAUAUGGAUUGUGUUAAGGAUUACAUACUUGUGCCCAAUUCAGCAAACCUGGCUACACCUGUCUGCCAAACUAAUGGCGCUUUUCCAGCAACCGUCACCAAGUAUUGCGGAUAUUACCUCAACUGUAUGGAACUGGAAUUCACCAAUGAGAUUAUUGGAACCACUGAUUUUCGGAUUACUGUCGUCACCGAUGGAUCUGAUGCCUUUUUUAUGAUGGGGGAAAUGACGGGCUUUCAAUUACAAUAUCAGCUAAUACCAUGCUCUUCUGUCGGUAAAACUAUUGUAAUCUUGCCAUGAUAUGCUUUUGUGUACCUUGAAUAAGAUACGCCUUCUCUGUUCUAAAUACGGACUAAUAUGAGUUUAUUAACCCCCCUACAAACACUGCUUUUGUACUUAACUAAAAUCAUUACCCAAAAUACAUGUUUGUUUGCUUUUCUCAA